CGGUCUUGUGGAGCUACAGCGCAUGGACGCAAAAUGUGGACUCGUGUGCCACGGGUGAAAUUUUCCAAUGGUUUCGACAUUCCGCUGAUUGGACUGGGAACGUACUUGACCCGAGGCGAGGAAGGAGUCAAGUCUAUCAAGCAGGCAAUCGAUAUCGGCUACCGUCACAUUGAUACCGCUUACAGGUACGGGAACGAGUGUGAGGUAGGCCAAGCCGUCAACGAAAAGAUAAGGGAAGGAUUUGUCGCCCGGGAGGAUUUGUUCAUAACAACAAAGCUAUGGAAUUCAUUUCACGCCCCGCAGCAUGUGGCCGAAGCUUUCAAACGAUCGAUGGAAAAGCUGAACUUGGAUUACGUUGACCUGUACCUGAUGCACAUGCCUAUGGGGUUGGGUUUUAGGGGAUUUCAAGAACAGGACCUCAUCGCGUAUGACAGCUCCGGGAAAGUGAUUUGCUCUGAUGUUGACUUUUGUGACACCUGGAAAGCCAUGGAAGAGCUAGUGCACAGUGGAAAAGUUCGCAGUAUAGGUGUCUCGAAUUUCAACAGUGAACAACUGCAACGUCUGUUGUCUAGUGCAAGCAUCAAACCCGCUACCAAUCAGGUGGAAUGCAAUCCCGGCUUUACGCAAAAGCGGCUAAUCCAGUUCUGUCGCCAUCUAGGCAUUACGGUGACAGCCUUCAGUCCCAUGGGUCGCGUUGAUCGAUGCGAUUCCUCCAGUCGAGUGACAGCCGAUGUCCUGCUACAUCCCAAUGUGACGGCCAUCGGCGCCAAAUAUGGAAAGACAACGGCCCAGAUUGUGCUCCGCUACUUGAUUGAGAUUGGCACAAUACCGAUACCGAAGCCGUCGAACCGUGCCGAGACGUUACAGAACAUUGACAUCUUUGACUUUAGGCUGACACCAGAUGAGGUCGCCCUGAUGGACCAGUUUGACGAUGGAAAGCGGGCGGUGCCAUUGAAAUAUUACAGCCACCAUCGGGACUAUCCAUUUGGAAGAGAGGAGAUUUAGUCUGCUGGGUAUUGUGAUGAAAGAAUUAGGUUGCAUUAUCCAAUGGAGUAGGACCGGUUUGCGGGGGAGUGAUUUGUAACGUUAGGGAUCAUUGAUGCGACAGAGUUUUAGUUAAAUAUGUUCCAAUUAGCAACAAUAGGUAAUUCAAUUUGC